GUACCGAUAGAGGACUGGCCUAUGCCAACUUCAAGGCUCACAAGUUUUCGUACCUGAACAUCAUUAGCAUUACUUCAGAUUAUGUUAUGAAAGGCAGUGAGUGUGGACUUGCUUGUGUCAACAUACCUUCAUGCUUCUCUUUCAACUUAGCUGCAUUUCAAGACAUCUUCGGAAAAAUACUGUGUGAAUUACUUCCAUCGGACAUGUACAACAACUCAGACAAGCUUGUCGCCCGUCGGAGUCACCACCACUUUAGUAUCAUGUCUCCGUGCAUCAGUUGGCCGUGUCAGAACAAUGGGAAAUGCGCUGCACAGUACGAGAAGAACAGCUAUGUGUGUGUUUGCGGGAAAGGAUACACCGGGAAACAUUGCGAAAUGGAUGUUGACGAAUGUAGUUCUUCCAUAUCCGUCUGCGACCUGAAUGCCAAUUGUCAGAAUACCAAAGGCUCAUUUCGUUGUCAGUGUGUGUCUGGAUUUGCUGGUGACGGGAAAUCUUGCUCUGAUGUGGAUGAGUGUCAGACGGAGUCAAUAUCUUGCCAUUUGAACGCCCAGUGUGUCAAUACGAUUGGUUCCUAUGACUGCAGAUGUUCGCCCGGUUCACCAUGCUCAGCAACUAUCCUUUUAAUCGGCGGUGGAGCAAACUACGGACGCGUAGAAGUUUAUCACAACGGGACGUGGGGCACAGUGUGCGAUGAUGGUUGGGAUGUCAAGGACGCCAAUGUGGUUUGUCGACAGCUUGGCUUUUCUAAUUUUUACGGUCAGGGGUCUGGUCCAAUCUGGAUGGAUGAUGUCAACUGCCAAGGAGGAGAGACAGUGUUGUCUCAUUGUCGGUUCCGUGGCUGGGGAAGCCAUAACUGUGGCCAUCAUGAGGAUGCAAGUGUGGUUUGUAACGCAUAGAUUGGUCGCAAAUAUUCUCGUGAUAUUGCACUGCACGACCUUACUGCAAAAUGCUCACAUUGACAUUAUAGUGGCUUUAAGUUUCUGGGCGGAACACGAUCACACUAAAAUGUAGUAUCAGAUAUUACCGUCAAAAAGGCGAAUUAAGAGAGCACUUAGCUUAUUUUAACUUGUGAAUCCAUCGCGUAAAAAUAUAACUAGAUUAAAAUCAAUCGGUAUAAAAAAUGUGGUAUGACGGGAUGAAAAAAAAAAAUUCAAAACAAAACAAAAACAGAAGUUGGACCCCAAUUGUAAUGUAGCCCCCAACUCCACAUAACAUACACUAAAAUCAUGUCAAAGUAUGAUAGUUAAAUAGCGAGAGUUUACAAUCUGUUGUAGAUAGGUAAAAGUACACAGGAGGACUAUAAGUCAUUAGUAGUUAGGCGGGUUUUAAAAGUAAUGAAUGAAUCAAUUGCUUUGAUACUAGAUGGUAACGAGUUUCAUUUAAAUACGUGUUUCUAAAAAUCCUGUGCGCAAUCAUAACCUCUACGUACUGAAAGAUUAACAGUAUUUCUGGUCCUCUUUUUUUUGCGAAACGCAAGCCUAAUAUCUAGGAUCUACACUUAAAGGGAAGAGACUGAAAGAGAACUUAGCUUAUAAACGUAGAUUAAGCUUUUACAUGUUAUCUGUCUUGUGAUGUCGGUUCAGUACAGGAAAUGCAAUUAUUUAGCGUAUAUAGUGAUUCGUAACUUCCCAAGAAGACUCAUUGCGGGCAACAGCGAGAUACUACCUUUAACUAGACAGAUUGUAAUAGGCAGCGAAGAAGUGUUGGAAUAAAUCUCAAAAUGGUGAGCAGGGUUAUCAGUCUUUUUUUGUGCAUGACGAUUAGCUUUUUAAAUCUUACUUUGAGUGGAAACUACCUUUUUUACUCAUGUUACUGGGCCAACAAGGCUAAUUGCAUCAAUAAAAGCGAAUGCCAGUUAGUUCUGCCAAUUAAUGAAGGCCUCUGAAGAAAGUUAUUGGAUAAGAUUAAAACUAAGCUUCUUCUUGUCGUUUUAACUUUAAAAGGUUAAUGCAGAGUAGUAUGUUGUUCACUUAUUUCAGUUCGGUAAAAUAGUUGCUGUAUGUGUUAUCAUAAAAACAAUUAAAUGUGACUGUGGACCAUU